UGUUAUUGUGGUUAGGUUUUUUAUGUUUAUGUUAUGAUUUUCUGUCUGUAUAAAAUGUUAUAAUUUGUUCUGUUAUUAGUUAUAUAGUAAAAUGGCAAAUAUAAUUGUUAUUUUAAUAUUUGUUAUAAUAACCAUACUAUUUUAUAAAAUGAUAAAUUGGGAAGUACCUGUUAAACCCAAACUACUUGGACGUGCUGGAGGUACUCUGGACAGAGAUACUUUUUCUUACAUUUAUAUAAGAAGUCAUGGUCCAAUAGUUUUAAACUUAACUUCUUUAUUUGGUGAUACUGAUAUGUAUAUCUCUUAUGCCAAUAUACAUCCCACGUUUGAGCCUGAAACUUACUUUCAACACUCUGCCACAUGUGGGGAGGAUGUAAUUGAACUACCAGAAAGUUCAAAUACACCUUUAGCUAUUGGAUUAUACGGAUACGGUGAGGAAAAUUCGUUUCUUCUUGAAAUAUAUGAAAACCUUAAGUUUCCCUCUGUUUAUAAACCAUGGAUUAUACUAGAGCAAGAAAUUAUUACUAAUAACAAAAAGGCAUCCGAUGAGAACACAGCGGAAGAUUCGUAUCCACCUUCAGAUAAUAACAACAAAAAAAUGCUUAAAAAGAAAAAACAACCUAAAAACGCCUCAAACCUGUCGAGCCUGUUUUCCAUUUUGGAAAUAUUUGAGUUAAUAUUUUUAUAAUGCAAAUGAUUGUAAGUAAUAGGUAGUAAAGUUGAUUGUUAAAUUCAA